UGACGCCUCUGACUCGCGCAGUCGGGUUCACGGUUUGAAAAGUGACGCCCUGUCUGUCCCGCUGCUGUUUGACCCGAGCACCAUCAACAUCUGGAUCUGUGUGACGUCCACAUGUGCGCGAGGAGACGAACACGAGCGGGAAGAAGCUGCGAGCAAAGUUUUAUGAGAAGAGAGAAAGUUCUGCAGGAGGAGGCUGGAGUUCAUAACGGCCAAAGAGCUGAAGAAUGGACAUUGACGAAGCAAUGCUGGGCACCAGCCCUGAAAGUCCUCUGAGCCCGAUGCACCAGACCGGACUGGGUAUGAACUGUCUUCUCAGCCCAAAGUACAAACACUCUGGACCGGGUCUCACCAGCCCUCAGGAGUACAACCAGUGGCUUCCUUACCGCCACGACGCCAGUUUACUGCCCAUGAAAGAAGACCUGGCCUUCUGGCUCAACACCAUGAUGGGUGUGGAGCUCACAGCAGACAGUCUGAUGGAGAGGCUAGAUAACGGUGUUCUCCUCUGUCAGAUGGCACAGCUGCUGCAGGAGAAGAUGAUCCACGGCAACAGUGGCAAGCCCUUUGUUAGGAGAGUGAUCCACUGGCGAGCGGAUGCAACCUCGGGAUCGUUUUUCGCCCGGGACAACACAGCCAACUUCCUUUACUGGUGUCGAAAGAUUGGCGUUGAUGAGGCUUACCUGUUUGAGUCCGAGGAUUUGGUCCUCCACAAGCAGCCUCGCGAGGUGUGUCUGUGCCUGAUGGAGCUGGGACGGAUCGCAGCCAGGUACGGAGUGGAGCCUCCAGGUCUGGUGAAGUUGGAGAGGGAGAUAGAGAGGGAGGAGAGGGGCGGCUUAUCCCCAUCGUCCCCUCUGCCCCUCUUCUUUUUUCCUACUACAUUAUUGUAUUCACCAUCACAGUCAUCCCUGCCCUCGGCCCCCUCUCCUCCUCCUCCUCCUCCUCCUCCUCCACCUGCGCCACUCACUCCAGCUACGACCUGUCUGUCUGAACCACUCGCCGCAUCCCUCGCUUCUGAUCUUCCAUCAACAAACCCAGUGCCUACGUGUUCAUCCCCCCCUCCGCCCUGCACCUCAGCCUCUCACCCUUGUACAACCACAGCCUCAACACAAACACCUUUGUUCUCUUCAUCCCGCUCCACUAACGCACCUGCUUCGACGCCGCUGUCAGCGCCCUCGCCAGGACAAACCCUGGUACCCAACGCCAAAGCCACAGUAAACAACCACACUCCAACAGCGACGCCCCCCAUCAGCUCCCCACCUGCAACCCCGACUCCUCGAUCCUCUGGCAAAUCCAUGUGCAGGAGGAGCGCAGGCACCAACAACAUAUUGGAUGAUAUUGUGAGGAACAUUAUUGAGAAUCCGCCCUGCAGCUGUCCGACCAGGUUCCUGGUGGAGAAGCAACCUAAAGGCUGCUACCGCAUUGGAGAGAAAAUUCUGUAUAUACGCAUGCUGAAUGAGCGUCAUGUGAUGGUGCGUGUAGGCGGCGGCUGGGAGACCUUUAUUAGUUACCUGCAGAAACACGACCCCUGCAGAGGAGGACCGGCCGGCAGGUCUGAGGUCAGGGCCUGUCGGUACAAAGCCAAGUCGCCCAGUUUGAACAUCUCACCUGACAGCUACAUGGUGGUCGGCGCCCAUUACCGCAACAAGAAGUAGACUCUGAAUGUGUGGUGGUGGAAACUGGAUCAGGCCAAACUGUACAAGGUCAAUUAUUUUAAUACAAAGUUCAGAUCUGUUUAGCUUUAAAUUCAAAAAAGAAAUUCCAACUUUUUCCUCCUUGAAGGUGGUGGAUGUGACUUGCUCUGACCUGAUUGUUAUUUGUAUGAAUUAUCCAUAUACUGAUCCUCAUAACAAUUUGGGAGUGAAGCUAGUACAAACUCAAUAAACAAUGAACUAUCUCACUCACCUUUCUAAAGGAAAAUGCCAAACAUCUGGUUCCAGUUUCUUCACUGUGAAAGAUCGCUGCUUUUCUUUGUCAUAUAUGAUCACAAGCUGAACAUCUUUGGGUUUUGGAAUAAAUGCUAAAACAAUUUGAACACAACUGUGAGAAAUUUUAACAGGAAAUGUUCACUAUCUUUUGACAUUUUACAGAACAAGCAAGAAAUACUCUAAUGAGGAAAUCCUGCAGCAACUCCUGUAUCAUCUCUUAAAAAUCAUUGUCAAAGGUUUUGUGCAGCACCCUAUGCAAAUCAGUGUAGUAUAAUAUAGCAUUUUGUACAGUGACUUUUGUUUUUGUAGUGUAGAAAGUACCUAUUUCUCUGUGUAUCAUGGUGCUGGAGUUUGAAUCUGAGCAGUUUGAGUAGUA